AUGUCCAAUGGCCAUCACAUCGACGACUCGAUUCAGCCUGCUACUCCACCAAAGCAGUGUCUUGCAGAUAUAACUUCAUCAACCGCACCACGCAUCCUCUGCCUCGACUCUAGUCCUAUCAUCGCUUCACCCGUCCGUGCACAUAUCGCUACCACGCCUGCCAUAUCUGAGCAUAGCUUUCGCUCCGUCAUGAACGCUGGCAAUCGCUCCUCUAUGAGUCGUACCACUUUCACCUCUUCAGUCAAGCAAGAUGCCAACGGCCCUCCCCACACGAGCUCAAGCGCAAACAAGAACACAUCCAAUGGAUCCUCGAAUUUCCGGUCCAGCCUUGAACAAUUCAGAUAUGGUGGCUCCAACCCCAAGCGACACGUAGCCGAAUCCGACAAGAGCUCCGAUCUCAGCGAGCCCGAAUCUUCAUCAGAAGAAGAACGAAAACCCAAAAAGCGCCGACUGGUUCGAGGAGGUGGCGCUGCCCGUUCAGUAUCACGCGACCCAUCACAAGAGCCACAGAGCAAGCACACCAAACUUCCGGCCGAGCAGAUCGUCCACGUCGAUGGCGACGACGACAACGACGAUAGUGUACAGGAAAUUCCCCCACCCCUCGCUCGACAGUCUUCUGUCUCCUCUUCAGUAGCGUCUAGCAAACCAGCCCCUUCAACAUCCGCCAGUUCUACCCUGCCUUCGCCGCUGUCGGAAGCUGAACUCAAGGAAAAGGCAAGAACCAUUCUCAAUCAAAAGCCGUUCCUCGAGCCAAAACGAAUCCUUGCAGCUUUGCGUCAGACCCGCGGCGACGUUGUCAAAGCUACACAGCUGCUCACGAAUAGACCCAGCGUCGUCACCACCAAGACCGUGAAUCUCAAACCCGCCAGCAACGGCAUCCACCGACCUGUGCAUACCACCCUCUCAAACCGAUCAGCAUACAACGGCGCCUCUCAGACUCUCAAGCAGCCCGUCUCCAGCAAUCCGAGCUCGAGGGCCUCGACGCCUUCCAUGUCUCGUGCUCCUUCCCAGACCACCUUGUCGCAGCCUGCCGUCUCUAAGAAGCCUCAACGCGAGACAGUCGAGAUCAGCUCCGACGAUGACGAGUCGGACGGUCAAGAUCGCGAAGAAAAGGAAGAACGCGCCGCCCUCAAAUGGUUCAAUACCGCAGAUGCCAAUGCGCUCAUGGACACCACCAACUGCAAUGCCCAACAGGCCCAGACCAUCAUCGAUCUCCGCCCAUUCAAGCAUGCAGACGACAUCGAGGACAAGCUCGGCAGCAAGUCGGCAAAAGGCGUUACUCCUAGGCUCUUUCAUCAGUGCAAAGAUCUCAUGGCCGGAUACUACGAAGUCGACGAGGUGCUCGCCAGGUGCGAAAAGAUCGGACGCGAGCUCAGCGAGGCCAUGGCAUCUUGGCUGCCCGAUGCUAGCCAGACCGCUUCGCGCCUCGCUUCGCCAGCAUUGUCCGCUUCAGUCAACGCUUCUGUUGCAGGGUCUCGCGAAGGGACCCCGGCCAGCACGCUCAACCUGUCCUCGAUCAAAAAGGGCGGCUCUUUCACCGACAAGUACUACCUUGAAGAGCAACCCAAGCUGCUUGCCGACGGUGUCAAACUCAAGGACUAUCAGCUUGUCGGAGUCAACUGGCUCCACCUCCUAUACCGCAAGAAGACAAGCUGCAUCCUCGCCGACGAGAUGGGUCUCGGCAAGACUGCGCAGGUCAUUUCGCUCUUUGCCCAAUUGAAGAAUAUGGGCAUUCGUGGCCCGCAUCUUGUCGUAGCGCCAAGCUCGGUUCUUGAGAAUUGGGAUCGUGAGUUCCGCUUCUUUGCCCCAUCCAUCAAUGUUCGCAAGUACUACGGCAGCAUGAAGGACCGCGUCGAGCUCCGGGAAGAGCUCGCUGGAGAUUCCGAACUCGAAGUCAUCCUCACCACCUACGACAUGGCAGCAGGUGGCCCCCAGGAUCAUAGCUUCUUGCGCAAGUUCGGACGACGUGGCUGUGGCCGUAACGAGUGCAAGCCGGACUGCGACGAGCAAGGUUGUCGAGCCGGUGGAUUCGAGGUGUGCGUCUUUGACGAGGGCCACAUGCUCAAGAACCGCAAGUCGCAAAAGUACGAAAAGUUGCUCAAACUUAAGACCCGCUGGCGCCUGCUCCUCACCGGUACUCCGCUGCAGAACAACCUGCAAGAGCUUGUCUCGCUCCUCAACUUUAUCAUGCCCGAGUACUUUUCCGACGCAGAGGAGGCGCUCGCCGCCAUCUUCAAGGUCAAGGCUGGUGGACAGCAGAACCAGCUCUCCAAGCAACGCGUCGAUCGUGCUAAGAAGAUGAUGCACCCCUUUGUGCUUCGAAGGCUCAAGGACAAGGUGCUGACCGACCUCACCACAAAGACAAUUCGGGUCGAGUACUGCGAUAUGACGCCGGCGCAGCGAAAAAUCUACUCGCAGGCAGUGGCGAGAACAAAGCGUGUUGCUGCGGCAGAACUGGAAGUUGCCGAUGCUGCUACGGCGACUGCGCGCAAGAAGGCGGCGGCGAGCUCGAACAAGGAGAGUGGACAUGUGUUGAUGGAAUUGCGCAAAGCGGCGAACCACCCUUUGCUCUCACGCAGGCUCUUUGACGAGGCUAAAAUCGACGCUAUGGCUAGGGAUCUCAUGAAAGAGCCCGAGUAUGCAGACUUGAAUUUCGAGCACGUCAAGGAGGAUCUGCGCAUCAACACGGAUGCUGCGCUUUCGUUCUCUGCACAGUCGUAUCCGGGCACACGCAAGCACGUCCUCCCGCCCGCAGAGUGGAUGAACUCCGGCAAGGUCCAAGCGCUGCAAAGGCUCAUCCCCGAGAUCCAGGCCAAAGGCGAUCGCAUCCUCAUCUUCAGCCAGUUCACCACUGUGCUCGACAUCCUCUGUGUCUGCCUCGAGCACAUGGGCGUCAAGUACGUCGGCUUCACCGGAUCGACGCAGGUCCAAGACCGACAGGUGCUGGUCGACCAAUUCACCAACGAUCCGUCCAUCACCGUGUUCCUCCUCUCGACUAAAGCAGGUGGGUUGGGCAUCAACCUCAUCGCUGCUAACUGGGUCGUCCUGUUCGAUCAGGACUUCAACCCGCACAAUGACAAGCAGGCCGCUGACCGCUCUUAUCGCAUGGGCCAGACCAAACCUGUCACCGUCAUCAAGCUGCUUAGUCGUGGGACGAUUGAUGAGGACAUCCACGCGUUGGGCGAGCGCAAGCUCGAAUUGGCGGAUCGCGUCUCCGGUGAGGACGACACCGAAUCGGAUGAGGCAGAGCAGAGGAAGGUUGCUCAGACCUUGUUGGCGAAGCUGCGCGAUGCUGCUUCUCCGGAUGUGCAGGAGAUCAGCGAUGACGAAGACGGUCCAAAGUAG